AUGAUUGUUCAAGUAUACAAAUCUGAUGAAUGGAAGAAGAGUGUUGAUGAGAUCACAAGAGCGGGAUUCAAAGUUCUCAUAUCGUCGUGUUGGAAUUUCAGUGAUGUGAGUCUCGGAGACGACUGGAGAGCGUUCUACGAGUGUGAUCCUUUGGAUUUUGAAGGAAGUCCAGGUCAACAGGCACUGGUCAUUGGAGGAGAAGGUGUGAUUCCAGGUGACCACGUGGAUGACUCAAAUCUCAUGUUGGUGUCAUGGCCUCAAGCUGCUGCAAUAGCUGAACAACUCUGGUCUCAAGAGAGAACGAGCACAGACGAUUUUGGUGACCGUCUGAGUGAACUUCGUUGUCGAAUGAGAAGACUAAAUUGGGAUGUUCAACCAGUGAAUGGACCAGGAUUCUGCUCAGUUUGA